AUGUAUAUAGAUAGAUACGUUUGUACAACUAGGCCCGAGUAUAUUAUCCUUAUAAUCAGCGUGCGCGCCAUGCCCGGAGCCUAUCAAUAUGACGUCAUCUAUGUUUCGUUCAGUUGUUUUGAUAAUUGAUAACUUGCCACUCGGUUCUUGGUUCUCAUUUGGAGAGUAAUUAAUGAGUAAAUGAGUUCAGUACUCACUUAGCAUCAAAGUGAAAUACAUUUUAAUUUCCGAUGACGCCUGAUACUGAGAGUGUGAAAAAAUUUGCAGUGAUUCAAUUUCUGGAAAGGCCCUAUCGGGAUAUCAGUAGAUAUGUUUGUGUUCCUAGUUCUUGGAUAACACACAGAUUACCAAACUCGCGAGCCGCUAUCGUGUAUCCUAGAGAAGAUGUGAAUGUGACCAGGAACAGAGUUGAAAACAAUGAACCACCGGCUACUUUGUGGCCAGCUUUUAUGGCUCUGAUUGUACAUGAAUCUGAUGAUUACAACGAUGCAGAUAUUUGGAUCAAGAAGGAAGAAAAGCAGAUUGCUAGUGAAAUUAUUAAUCUAGACAAUGACGUUGAGGAUGAUGAUAUGUGUGAAGCAUUGAUUUACAUAUCUGAAAGCGAUGAUAAUGAGGAUUGUAGUGAUGAAACAGACAUUUUGAUUUUAAAACAAGAUAAACCGUCUGAAUCAGACGAGGUUGGUGUACCAGACAAUGUUAAUGAGCCUGAAAUUCAAGAAGAUGCAGAUAUUUUGGUUUCAAAACAGAAUAAACCGUCUGAACCAGAAGAUACUGACAUGCCAGAUAAGGUUGAUAACAUUGAAAAUCAAGAGCAUCUAGAUAUUGUCAUCAAAUCGGAAAAUAUAGAUGGACAAGACAACAAUGUUCACAUUGAAGAACAACAUGAUAUAGACACCUUGAUUAUAAAAGAGGAUCCAUAUAAAGAAGAGUCAUCUGAAUCUAAAAAUGUUGGCACAAAUCAUAAUUUGGAGGGAGUUGAACAUAGUAAUGCAGACAUUAUUACAGCAGAGAAUGAUAUUAUACUACCCAAAACUGAAAAUAUUGAUAUCGAAGAAAAUUUUAAUAGUGUUGGAGAUAAUGAUGUAAAUACCUUGACUUCAAUGGAAGAACAGACGCCUAAAUCUAUAUGUGAAACUGAUGUUGAUGAUGAUGAUCUUGGUUUAAACGAUUUGAUUAUAUUGGGCGAAAAGAAAUCUGAAUCUGAUCAUACAAUAGCUGUAGAUAGUAAUGAAAAAACAGGUAACGCAAUUGAAGAUACUGUGAUGGAGCGACACAUUGAAUAUAGAAAAACAUCUUUGAAUAUUGAAACAAUAGAAAAAUCAUUGGUUGAAACAAAUACUGUUCCAACACCAUCUACUUCAAAAACAUUGCAACCAUCAGAAAUUCCACGUCGGCCAUCUAUAUCAGUAGUUUCCGAACACUUUUUGCGUUAUGGUUGCCAGGAACAAAAACAAAUUCCGGAAAAUUCUACGCAUGAAAGAAUGCAGGCUCUCCAGAGCUUGACUAAAACAAUAUAUGCUACAGAAACCAUGAAAACUCAAUUGAUAACAAAAGCGCAAAUACAUGAAAAUCCAACAAGCUUUAAUGAAACUGGCAGCUAUCCACAAGGAGAAGCCCACGCAUUAAGUAUUUUGAAACCCAAUGAAGUAAAUCGUGCUUACGAUCAAAAUGUUUCCAAUAAUGUGUCAUAUCCAUUAGAAUAUACUGGUGCUCAGCAUAGUAGUCAACAAAUCACUCAGCCGUUUGCCAAAUCAAAGCCAAAGAAAGCACCUGCUAAGGAAAUGAAAUUGAAAGCUCCUAUUGAAAAGGUUCGAAGAUAUAAUCCGAUGAAUUAUCAUCAGCAUCGUGGCUAUACGUAUAUCGCUCCACACGAUCCUCAGAUUGGCAAUAUACAACCUCAAAAUAUUCCGAUGAACUCGAUAUCUUUUGAGCAAAACCAACUUUACAGGGCCAAUGUACAACAUUUGCCAGUUCCUGGAGAACAGUUAACAGUAGACAAUAGCACGGAAAACAUGAUUGUUAGGACCACAACUGGAAGAAAUCCUUUGAUAUUAAAUGCUUCUCAAAAUAAUAGACACACUAUCCCGAAAUCUGCGCAACACUUUCUGAGGGCAGGAAAUCAAUUAAGUCAUGAUUUUGCUCCCAAUUGUACAGUAAGUGGUAACAGCAUUUAUCCUGCACAGCCAGUUUAUGCUAACCAAAUACCUAAUCAGCAAAGUACUCAGCAGAAUGAGCUAUCUGUAAUAGUGCAUCACUAUAAUCAACCAUAUUCGAAUUCUGCCAAUAUCAAUGCUAACCAGUUUGCAUCAGGUCUUGAAGACUAUUCUGUUGUCCAAGAUCUACAGUCAAAAUUAUUAUUUCAUAGAAAACCGACAGAAAUUCAAACCUAUAAUCAAUUACCCCUCAUUCAAAAUAGCUACCAAGCUAUCCUCCCAGCAACGCAAACAACUUCAGCAAAUGUACCAAGUAAUUUUCCUGACCAAUUGCCUAUAUAUCAGGAGACUCAGCGUCCAACUGGACAAACACAGCAAAUCUUUGAAAGGGGACCAAUAAUAAUGGAUCAACAUAAAAGUGAUGCUCAGAGUACAUCACAAAAUAACUCAAAAGCCAAUCAAGGUUGCCCCCAUUGUCCUUGCUCACAACUUGCGUCUACUACUACCACAUCUCCUGUUGAUACUAGAAUUUCUUCAUCGACUGACGAACAAUUUAAUGGGAAAAAUGUAAAUUCUGAUAAUAACAAUACAGAUGUAUCUGCUGUACAAAACCAACUUAACAAAGUAGAAGAUGAACAGAAUUCUGUAAGUCAAAUUAAUACAGGAUCUACUAAAAACGGGUCCGUUGUGACAAGUGAAUCUGUUCCCGAGUCUAGAUUGGCUGCAGAUCACCAAGAAUCUCCAAAGCGAAUAUCACCAGCCUGCUCUACUGGAGAGAAAAUAGUAAAACCUGGCAAUGAGUGUCACAGUUCCUCAAAUGUAACCAACGAGUUGGAGAGCGUAACUGCUGCCAUAAAAGCAUUCGAACGUAUGGUUUCUCAAGCGGAAAUAACCAUUUGUAAACAGACUGAAGCCUAUAAAGCCAGGCAUAACAAAAUGUUUGAACGUGAUAAAGAAUUUAAGAAAAUGAUAGAAACAAUAAUUAGACAUUGUGACUCAAGAAUUAAUAAAGUCCGCAAAUUGAAAUCCAAGAACAGACUAAACAAUCCAAAUAACAGAAAAAGGAAAGUUAUCUAAAAUAGCGACGAUUAAUUUUACUAUAAAUAUCGUGAUGAAAACAAAAUCGAAUAUUUUGACUACCUAUAUAAAUGUAUCCUGUUUCAUUGACUGAUACUGCCCGCGAACCAUUUUUGUAUACCUAUUUGUUAAUAAACUAAAUAUCUAUAAUAUAUUUUUGUUUAAAAA